UGGAUUUCCAGACCAGUUUAUAAUUUAGAUUCAAUUGUUAGCAGAUCAAUCUUUUCUUUCCCAAUACAGUUGUACCUUGAUUCACAUCUUCUGCCAAUGUUAGAUGCCGUAAUAUCUAACGUGAUAAUUUCUCUAUUUCGUUCUUAAAAGUGAACCUAAUCUAAACCUAAAAUCACUUUUAGCUUGCAUUGUGAAAUCACUUUAUGGUCACGGUGUCGAAACGGUUUCAAGACACUUCCUCUAUCUACAUAUCUAUCUAUACUACUUGGCUGACCUGACCUGCUUUGGCACAUACUCUGUCCUCCAUUCAUGCCAUUGUUCAAAUCGAUAUGCAUCAGAAUUAUUUUUUGGUACUCUCUCUCUCUCAUCCCUUUUAGCAUCUUGAUUUCAUCUUCAAUGGACUCGUGCAGGUUUCACCGGCCACGAAUGCACCAAACCAAACUACUCUUUGUCAGUCUCAUCUCUCUUUUUGCACUCUCUACGAUGUUCAUUGCAAGUCUAAAGCAUGACGGGCGAAUUGUGAUAUUGCCAGAGUCAAAAUGGGCGAGUUCAGACUCCAAUCGUCUUGGUGACUUGGAUAUAUCUGCUCUCUGCCAAGAGGAUCAAAAGCGCCAUCGCCGAAUGAAUUUCGAUGGGAUAGAAAGUUUAUCACGAGGCAAAGUGCAAUCGUUCUUUGCUCAAAUCCUUCAAUAUCCCAUCCAAAGUGCUUGCGUGACCAUGAAACGUAUAGGUAGGGGAAAGUGGCUGGGCCAUUGUUACGACGGCCACAAGUAUGUUUGUCUGGAUGACUUCGUACCCAAAAGGAAUCAUGCCAAUGGCCUCGAUCAAGAUGAGGAUGAAUGCAUAGUUUAUUCGUUUGGAGUUUCAGAUGAUCUGAGCUUCGAAAACGAGAUGACCCACUUUGGUUGUCACGUCUAUGCUUAUGAUCAAGAUUGGACGGAAACCAUGCUCCAAAACAAAAACCCGAGAAUAACACUUGAAAAAGCUAGCAUUCAUGAUGGUUCCAAAGGUUCUGUGACGUUUGGUCAACUUUUGUCCAAGAAUAACCAUAGCGCAAAGAUGAUCAAGUACCUGAAGGUUGAUAUCGAAGGAGGAGAGCGCAAGGGAUUAAUGGAAUGGAUCAAAAGUGGAGCCAUGGACAACGUUUUGCAAGUAGGUGUGGAGUUUCACUACACCGUGAAUUUUGCAAAAGAGUACUGGCAAAUCUCUAAGAGUCUUCAUCGACUGGGAUUCGUGUACAUCUCAUAUGACCCCAAUCUCUGCGUUGGACGGGGACCCACUUAUUUCCAUUGCGUGGAGGUGGUAUUCAGGAAAACGACUCUCGACUGCCUGCGUCUGUCUUUAACCCUCGAUUGAAACGAUCAUUCCGUGCUUUUAUUUGCAUUGUGGAGUCCUCAACUAUAAUUGACCCUUGGAAGGGUUUUGUCGAAGCAAUUCAUUUGUAGAAAAGGG